AGGUCCUGAACCGCCAGAACUCCUGACAAGAGGACGUGUUGCACGUUCCUACUCCAUAUCGGGAUUCAAUUUCGAAUCCGAAUUAUUGCCUCUGAGCACGAGCCUCAGUGAGCCAGAUGAGCGCGGAGAACCCGCUGAGAAGAAUAUUGGGCUGAUUAGUGGGAUUGCAUUAUGUGUGGGCAUGCAGAUAGGAUCCGGAAUCUUUUCCUCUCCUGGUGUGGUGGUCGCAAAUACCCAGAGUGUCGGGGCGAGCUUGCUGGUCUGGCUUGCGUCGGGUUUAUUAGCAUGGACGGGCGCGAGUAGUUUCGCAGAGCUGGGCUCAACUAUACCCAUUAAUGGCGGAGCACAAGCGUAUCUAGCGUACUCCUACGGGCCUCUGGUGUCAUACCUCUUUGCUUGGACAUCCAUAUCCGCUCUCAGACCCGGCGGGAGUGCAGUCAUUGCGCUUAUCUUCUCGGAAUAUCUUAAUCGCCUCUUCUGGCAUGCUACGCCUGCUGAGGUAUCUCCCGACGAGAUUCCUCAAUGGGCGAUCAAACUUACUGCAGUGGCUGCAGUCCUGUUCAUAUCCGUCCUUUGUGUUAUGACACGAAAUCUGGGUACCAGGGCGGCUGUGGCAUUCACGACAGUAAAAGUGAGUGCUAUGGCUGUUACCGUCCUUGGCAUUAUCCAAUUAGCUCGUGGACGUGCUUCAUCUUCGCUACGGGAACCGCUAUUUACAGGUUCCAGUCAAAGCCCUUCUUCAUACGCCCUGGCUUUAUACUCGGGCCUCUGGGCAUUCGACGGUUGGGACCAGGCGAACUACGUUUGCGGAGAGAUGAAGAAUGCCGAGCGCAACCUGCCUCGAGCCAUACAUUCCAGCAUGGCGAUUGUCACGCUUUUAUUCUUGCUCGGCAAUGUUGCCUACUUCGUAGUGCUGGACAAGGUUACAGUGGGCCUGAGCAAUACCGUCGCGCUCGAUUUCGGGCGGGCCCUGUUCGGCCCUAUAGGAGGGAGCAUUUUCGCGUUUAUGGUUGCAUUUUCCUGUUUUGGUGCCCUAAACGGAGCCGCUUUCACGUCCGCGCGCCUUAUCGCAGUAGCAGGGCGAGAGCAUUAUCUUCCCGCUUGGUUUGGAAAGUUACACACUACCCGCAAGACGCCGGUUAACGCGAUGUGUCUGCAUGCUGCUAUCACAGUCUUGUUCAUUGCCGUCGGCGGUGGAUUCCGAUCCCUGAUCAACUUUGCCGUCGUAGCAUCCUGGGCGUUCUACUUCCUUACUGUUCUGGGUCUGGUGAUUCUCAGAGUGAAGGAACCUUUGCUAGAAAGACCAUAUAAGACAUGGAUAAUUACGCCAUUAACAUUCUGUGCUGUUGCUCUCUUCCUCCUGUGUAUGCCUGUUAUAGCGGCUCCGCUUGAAGCUCUUGCGGUGCUGGGUUUCGUUUCCGCCGGUGUACCUUUGUACUAUAUCACCCAUCGAAAUAGCCCGGACGUCCAGAAUUCACGAAUAUUCACGGUACUUUCGUCUCUAUGGGCACGUAUUCGGGGCCGACCGGCUUCUGGUGCAGGAUGG